AAAACACGAGAGAAAUAAAAAAGAACAAAAAGCAAUCAAAUUGUCAGUGAAGGCCACAGAAACAGCUUUAUCUUCUUUCUUUUUCUGACCUCGCUUCCAAACCCUCCUUUAAUUGUAAUGGUACUAUAGCCUCCAUCUGCCCUCUCUCUCUCUCUCUCUCUCUCUCUCUAAGCCUGAACUCCUCAGUUCUCAAUGACACAAUAGAUCAAACGAAAAACCAAAGCUCGAAAAACCCUUCUCUCUCUCUCUCUCUCUCUCUCUCUCUUCUUUCAUGCUUUUGCCCUUACCAUUUUUCUCUCUCUUUUUCUGUGUGUAUGUAAAAUCUUUGUAUUCGGUCAGAAACGGUACAGAAAGUUUUGUGUCUCAGAUCCCGAUAAUAAUAAUAAUAUAUAAUAAGGUUUGGCCUGUCACUGCAUGAUUUCUCUUACGCCAUUAACGAUUAAAACUGUCCAAUAACAUAAUCCUCCUUCUUCCCUCUCUUUCUCUCUCAAGAACCCCAACUCUCUCCCUCUCUCUCUCUUCUUUUAACCCCCAAUACAAAAUAAAGUACUAGUAUAGUACUUCUUGUGAAUAAUACCAAGUGCCCUUUUGAAGAUUACACACACACACACAUAUAUAUAGAUAUAUAGACACACAAUAUGCAAGAAGCUGGGGGUUUGGGAAUGAUGGGGAGUGGCGGCGCCGGUGGUGAAUUGUCGGUCUCCGGCGGUGGCGGCGACGGCGGAGACCGGCAACUGAAGGCGGAGAUCGCCACGCACCCGAUGUGCGAGCAGCUAAUUGCCGCCCACGUGUCGUGCCUUCGAGUCGCCACGCCGAUCGACCAGCUGCCGCUCAUCGACAUGCAGCUCUCGCAGUCCCACCACCUUCUCCGCUCCUACGCCUCCCUCCAACAUCAACACGGCCACUCCCUCUCGCCGCACGACCGCCAAGAGCUCGACAACUUCUUGGCGCAAUACUUGAUAGUAUUGUGUACUUUCAAAGAACAACUUCAGCAACAUGUCAGAAUCCAUGCGGUUGAAGCAGUCAUGGCUUGCCGGGAAAUAGAGAAUACUUUACAGGCACUCGCUGGAGUAAGUCUAGGAGAAGGUACAGGCGCAACAAUGUCAGACGAUGAGGAUGACCUACAGAUGGAUUUCUCUUUCGAUCAAUCCGGCGCCGACGGGCACGACAUGAUGGGAUUCGGUCCGCUACUUCCGACGGAAUCGGAAAGGUCGCUAAUGGAAAGGGUUCGGCAUGAAUUAAAGAUUGAACUGAAGCAGGGUUUCAAGUCAAGAAUUGAAGAUGUGAGGGAAGAAAUAUUAAGAAAAAGAAGAGCCGGGAAAUUGCCUGGGGACACAACUACGGUGUUAAAGAAUUGGUGGCAACAACAUUCUAAGUGGCCCUACCCUACUGAAGAUGACAAGGCAAAGCUUGUGGAGGAGACAGGAUUGCAGCUGAAGCAAAUCAACAACUGGUUUAUCAACCAACGAAAACGCAACUGGCACAGCAACUCCCAAUCAGUCACAUCUCUCAAGUCUAAGCGCAAAAGAUAAAUUCCGUUCCAUUGGUGGUCCCGGGAUUUCCAAAGUGAUGGAGGGCGUGGGAGACAGGAUGACACCAAUGAUUUUAUUUUUAUUGAGCAAAACAAAAUAUAUAUAUAUAUAUAUAACUCAUCAUCAUCAUCUUAUAACUUUGUUCCAAACCAGGAUCAGCAGCAAACACAACGAACUAAUUACUUUGUUAUAAUGUUGUCGUAUAUGCCUUGCGGGUACAAUAUAGUUUGUAGAUUUUGUGAAUUAUGCAGAAGUACUGAAGAAACUACACUUUACAAAGCUAGCUAUCCAAGAUACGUACGCCUUUGGAAGUUUGAUCAUCACGAGUUACUCAAAACGUGCCAUCAGUGCUGCACAAAUAUUGUAACAGAUCCAUCGUAUAUUGGUCAACUAAUUGCUUACUUUUUUUAUUGUAAAUUCUUAUUGAUUUCCCUGUAUUAGACUAGUUCUGUCCUGUUUUAUAUUGAUCUUACCAGCUUGGAUUUGCUUUCAUAAAUC